GAGAUGAUAGAAAGUGACAUCUCAUCCAUAAUGUCAGGAAUUGUCCACCAUGCAGGGCAAAAUCACCAACGGCGCCCGCAGGAAUACAGCCUCCUUCCGCCCAGCCGCGAUGAGGACCUGCCCGGGGACCUGCAGUCACUGUCAUGGCUCACAGCUGUGGACGUGCCCCGGCUGCAGCAGAUGGCCAACGUCCGCAUGGACCUGGGCAGCCCCACCAUGCCACACCCACACCCAGGUGCCUUGGCGAGGGCUGCUGACCUGCACAUGGCCUCCACCCCUGGUCCCCUGCUCCAUGCCUCAGCCGGCAUGGCCCCACGAGGCAUGCUGGGCCUUAGCCCCAUAACCAGCCACGGAGCCAGUGUAAGUCACAUGAGCCAGCUCCCAGCAGGGGCCCCGCUGUCCCCAAACCUUCAGGAUGCCCCACCUCUGUACACACCAGCCACACAGCUACCCUUCCCACUCCCCUCAGGGGCUCAGCAGUAUCAUCCCAUGAGCCUCUAUGGUUCCCCAUUUGGUGCCCGACCUCCAUAUCCCCAGACCCACAUCGCAACACAUUCGUCUCCGGAACUGCACCCCAAACACUACCCCAAGCCCAUCUACUCCUACAGCUGUCUCAUCGCCAUGGCCCUGAAGAGCAGCAAGACGGGCAGCAUGCCAGUGAGCGAGAUCUACAGCUUUAUGAAAGAGCAUUUCCCCUACUUCAAGACGGCCCCUGACGGCUGGAAGAACUCGGUGCGGCACAACCUCUCCCUGAACAAGUGCUUCGAGAAGGUGGAGAACAAGCUGGGCGGCUCCUCGCGCAAGGGCUGCCUGUGGGCCCUGAACCUGGCCCGCAUCGACAAGAUGGAGGAGGAGAUGUACAAGUGGAAGAGGAAGGACCUGGCCGCCAUCCACCGGAGCAUGGCCAACCCGGAGGAGCUGGACAAGCUCAUCUCCGACCGGCCUGAAAACUGCCGGCGUCCCAGCAAAGCCGGGGAGCCCGAGGCCCCUGUGCUCACUCACGCCACCACAGUGGCUGUGGCCCGCAGCUGCCUGGCCGUCUCCCAGCUCCCACCCAGGACCCUGGCCCUGCACCAGCAGGUCCAGCAGCAGUCACAGCUGGCCCCAGACUCGCCAGCCCCUGCCCAGACGCCGCCCCUGCAGGGCCUGGCAGCGCUGAGCCCCAGGCCCCUUCCCCAGCCCGCCAUGGGCCAGGCUCCUGGGGACUUCCUUAACAUUGGCGCCGACAUGAGCACCGAAGUGGACGCCCUGGACCCCAGCAUCAUGGACUUCGCUCUGCAGGGGAACUUCUGGGAGGAGAUGAAGGAUGACGCUCUGGGCGCCUUUGGAGACUCCCCACUUGGCUGUGACCUGGGACCUGCAGGUCUGAUUCCCGGGCCUGGCUGCAGUGACCAGGCCUUCCCGGAUGUACAGGUGACAGGCCUCUACGCGGCCUACUCCACUCCCGACGGGGCGGCCCCCUCAGUGCCCCAGUACCUGGGCAGCGGAGGGAACAAGCCCAUCACCCUGCUUUGA